AGCAGGAGUGGGAGAGCUGCAAAGUGGUAGAGAGACAGUGAAAUACAGUGACAAAAAGCCAAGGGAGAAAGCCCGGAAAAUAUAAAACACAGAAAGAAGAAAGCAGAAUUUAAGCACUGGAUGAAUGCUUCAGUCCUUCAGGAAAGCACAAGCUUUACUCCAAUAGCUGUACUGAAUGCGAAUUUCCCUGUGACCAGUAGGAUCUAACUCCAAGAGCGAAAAUGGAUUUUGUAAUGAAACAGGCCUUAGGGGGGGCCACAAAGGACAUGGGGAAGAUGUUGGGAGGAGAAGAGGAAAAGGAUCCUGAUGCUCAGAAAAAGGAAGAGGAGAGGCAAGAAGCUCUGCGGCAGCAAGAGGAUGAACGGAAGGCUAAGCAUGCCAGAAUGGAGGCAGAGAGAGAAAAAAUCAGACAACAAAUACGAGACAAGUAUGGUCUGAAGAAGAAGGAAGAGAAAGAAGCAGAGGAAAAAGCAGCCUUGGAGCAGCCUUGUGAGGGCAGUUUGACACGUCCUAAGAAAGCAAUUCCAGCUGGUUGUGGAGAUGAUGAUGAAGAGGAGGAAGAAAGCAUUUUGGACACUGUACUCAAGUACCUCCCAGGACCACUUCAGGACAUGUUCAAAAAGUAACCAUGACCACAUUUUGAGACUUCUGCUCCAGCCAAACUCAUGUUCUGCUAUAAGCAAAAAGAAAGCCAAUCAAAUCCUUGACUAAGAAAGAAAUUCUCUCACAAAAGAACACACUCAACAUAUGACUGCCUACACACAGACAAACCGUUACAUACAAAUGCAUUGGCCCACACAUGUUUAGAGAUGCAAAAAAAUGACUUCUCUUAUUAACCUUUUUUUUUCAAAAAAAUGACUCUUACUGCCUAUUUUAUGUUGUAUGGACCAAAUUUGUCAAUGAUAUAUAAAAUCAGAGACAAGGUUUACAAACCUGCCCACUUGGUAGCUAAAUAAAAAAUGCACAAGAAGGGUAGGAUUACUAUUACUAUUACUAAGGGAACAAGGGUUAACUUUACUCUUUAUAUAUAUUAGCUAAUUAAUAACUGCCUAAAACAGCUUGAGCACUAUAAUCUAAUCCAUCUAAUAACAACAAGUGCACAAAACAUGCCUCCUGCAAGGGUACAAGGAGAUGAAAAGUGACGAGUUCAGCUGUAGAUCCACAAGCACUUUUGUGGCAUCUGUUUGGGAGUUUGGGAUCUUUUGGGAAAAGACUAUGGAGAAACCCAGUUGUAUUUCCAUUGGUCCUUUACUCAGCAUGUUGGAUUUGUGUCACUUUUUACUCACCUUUUCUUGUCUCAGCAAAAUUAUCAACACCGGCACUAGAUAUCUCUGCCAAUGUCUUUCUGACGCCUUUCCUAAAGAGAUGCAUUCCUACACACUAUUAAACAACCAAUGGUGCGACAUAUUAUAGACCAAUCUAAACUGUACAUCUUUUAUCAAUGGUUGGCCUUCAAAAGACAGCAAUGAAAGAUAAUGCUUGAGGCCUUGAGCUGAACUUCACAUGGACUCUGAUUAGGACCAAGAGACUUCUAUUUUAGAUUUUUAUGACUGUAAUGCUGAUUGCAUGCUUAGGGGAAAGAAAUAUAUGAGUUUGAUGCCUUUUUCUUUUGGGAAAUUGCGAAUACUGUCUGUCUUUGUCCUAUGCCAUAACACACAGUUAUUGUUUACAUAUGUAACAUAAGAACUUGAGUAGAACUCUUUGUAGAAUAUUCAUUCAUGUAUGUCUGUACAUACCCGCUUCUUCUUUUGUUUGUCCUUCCUGUCCCUCAAACAAAGGAUGGGAUGUUUAAUGCAGUUACCACUGAUUUUUUUUUCUGUAAUCAAACCAAAGUGAUAUGUCACUUUAUGUGUCCUCGUAUUGUUAUGGUCUUCACAUGUGUUUUUGCCUUGUUCAGUGCAACACAGAUCAUUGAUUUGGUUGUCAUGGACCAAACUAGAUAAAAAAAGAAUAUUUAACUUUUUUCCUUGAAUGAGAACUUUUUGUAAAUGUAAUGCACUAAAGAGAAGUACAAACUACUACUUAGACAUUCCAGAAGUUAAUGCAUGUGUAUAUGUGAGUGAGCAUUAAUGAACUGCUAUAUUCCAUCAGAGAGCUGUUAUUUUAAUAUGUUUUAUGGCAUAGGCCUGUUUUGCUGUGUCCCACUGCUAACAGCAUUAUACUGCAUAGGAUAGAGCCCCCCCUUCAGCCCCUCAGGGUAAUGAAUGCACAAGCAAAGAGGUAGUUUGCACCACAGGUCAGCCCACUUCAUAUGUGCUCCACUCCAAAAGAAAAGGAGAAGGUAUGAUCUGCCGAAAAGGAGAGGAGGUAAUGUGGCCAUAGACACCAGAUACUAAAUUAAUUGGGUUCUAUUUUGAGUGCCAUAUACUGUAGCUGCUGUGGGAAGCAGCACAACAGACCUGUGACAGAAAAUAUAAUUCAAAUUACCUAUUUUUUUAUGUGCUAUGGGUCUUUAUUCACUUUACAGUCACAUGUAGUCAGCCUACUACUAUUAAGUUCUCCUUUGAACCUUCAGCUACCCAGUGACUGGGAAAUGUAAUAUUUUUUGGCCCCAUUAAUUAGUUUUUUACCUGUGGAUUCCUUAAUUCAAGUAUUUAAACUGGGGUCAGGUUAAACAUCUUAAUACAGACAAACACCAUUUGAGUAAAAGGACAGCAAAAUAUAUAUUGGAAUUGAUUGUUUUUAAAGUAAUAGAAAAAAUUUGAAUGAGACAGGGUUUAAAUAAGCUAGAUUUACCAAGUGCAAUGUUACCAAUGUUUACCAAGAAGCAAGUAUUUUCAUGGAAUGGUCUUUUAAAAAUAAUAAGAAAGGAUAUGUUUUAUGUGUAUUCAUUUUCAUGCCUUUUUGGUGAAAAGCUUGGGUCCUGGAAAAAAACUGAAUAUUUUAUUGAAUGCUCCAAUAUGGCAGCCAGCUGAAAACUGAGAAAAAGACUGAAAAAAAAUCUUCUUUCUAAACCACCCACAGUGCAUCACUGGACCUUUUCCGUGCAGUACAUAGAUUUUGUUUAAAUGAAUACAAAUGAAACCUUAACCCUCUGUUAAAAGCAAUGGAAGUUCAUAUAGUGAUUUACAAAUAAAUAAAACAGCUGUAAUUGCAUUAGGACAGGAUAGAGAGUGGCCAUCAGCCUGAAGGUUACUUUGUGCCCUGCCCUAAUUCAAUGAAGAUAAUUUUAUCUGUGAACUGCUUUGGGACAUUAUUGUCCAGUGUAAGGCACUGUAUAUAAUUGCACAACAAAGGCUUUCCAUGGGACACAAAGACUGUGCACAGGCUAUGGAUAAUCCAUAUUUCAUGAAAAUAUGAUAAAUUAGCUGUUUUAAGUGGCAAUUUUCAUGCACAUGCCUUAGACGACUGCUAAUAAAACUGCAUUUGUAAUUUCAUGGCCAGUUUGCUAUUCUAGCUUGUGGCUAGGUGGGACUGCUGUUUCAGUUUAAAUAGAAACCAGCAAAGUACAUAGCUAAGGUUAUCAUGAAUAGAAAUGUAUGGUGCAAAAUGCACAUAUUUGGGUGUUUUAUUCAUUAAUUCUGCAUGAGCCUUCUAGAGAUCUACCUCCUGCCUGUGUUUGCAGUUAGGGUAUCAAAAGUGAAACCGUACCAUUUCUGACUGAACAGUCUUGUUAUAGAUAGAAAUGGCUACUCCGCAAUGAGUUUAUCCUUUCAGGCAUAGAAUAUAAUUCCACUAGGAAUUCUUUGUGGUGUUUAUUAAAUCUGCCCUAGUUUUGAUCCCAUAUUUUAGUAGCUUUUGUAUGAGUAGCACAUUUCCACAUAGGUGCAAAGUAAUUUAAUUAAAGGAAAACUAUACCCCCAGAAUGAAUACUUAACCAACAGAUAGUUUAUAUUAUGUUAAGUGACCUAUUAAAGAAUGUUGCCAAAAUGGAAUAUGUGUGUGGACACAAAAGACACAGCUGUGUCCAUUAAUUGGCUGAUGGGGCCUAGCAUGUACAUGUAACCUGUUUUUUUUGUGUGCACCGUGAAUCCUAUGAUCCCAGGAGGCGGCCCUUAAUUCUUAAAAUGGCAAUUUUCUAUUUAGGAUUACCCAAUAGCACAUACUACUAAAAAAAAGUAUAUUUAUAUGAAAAUGGUUUAUUUAGAUGAAGCGGGGUUUUACACAUGAGCUGGUUUAAGCGAUAUAUUUUCAUAGAGACCUACAUUGUCCAUGGGGUAUAGUUUUCCUUUAAAGACUACCUACUGUUCUGUCAAAAUUAUAGAAGUGUUUCCUUAUGUGUCUAUGAACAUCAAAACUUGCUUUUUUUAUUGGCGGGCACAGUGAGUUGUACCUCUUUUAUUUUUUUAUGAUGUUAUCUGAGAGCUUAGGAUAUUCCUCACGGUAAUUAAAUGACUGAUCUAAUAUGUACUGUAUAUAUAUAUAUAUGUGUGUGUGUGUGUGUGUUUAUGUGUGUGUGUCCCUUGUUUAUAUAUGUGAUGAUGUUACAUGUUAUCACUAAUAUUAUUGUUCCUUUCUGUCACAUGCAGUCUUUGUUUCAUGCAUGCUUUUUUCACACAGUAAACACAAAACACCAAGCUGCCCAGAUCACAUGACUGGGAAUGACCAGCAAGGGACCAGUCAUUGUAGCUGCGGAGCUUCUGUAGGAGAUAAAGCCAUAAAGUCAUUAUUUGUCAUCUUGUAUACUGUGUUCUUCAUUUGCAGUUUCAUGUUGUUCUACAUGAGCUUUAAAAGAUUCAUGUACUAGAGCUAGAAUGCUACAAGCAAUCAACUUUGUUUUUACCUAAAUACGAAGAGCUGCUGAUAUGCUACAGCAAGAGAAAGCACACGCAAUGUAUAUUGAUAAAAAAAACUCAAUGUGAAAGAUAAUGUUCCAACUCUUGUAUACAGUAUGUCAUCUGUUUUUUUGGCAAGAUAUCUGUACUUGAGAGUUUCCGUAGAGCAGGCAUGUCCAACUGAUGGACCUCUCAGAGAUCUUUCUGCCCAAACCACCCAAGGACUUCUUCAGACUACAUUUACAACUUAAUAUAAUCCAGAUCCUCAGUUUGGGGUAUUUGUAGGUCAUAAUUUACCCACUAAAUGAAACAGUUGGACAACACUUCUCUAGUGUAAAAGAAAGAAUUAAAUCUUGCUUAAUAUGGUAUGCCAUGUCCUUCUUGAAAAGCAUGACACAUAUUGUGAAAGGAUUUUAUCAGUUAAAUAGUUCUAAAUUAAUAGCCCUGUGCUUUUGACCAUGGAAGCACUUGUGCUUUCCUGAUCAUAUAACUUGGUUUAAAUGAUUUGAAAUUCAUUUCUAUGAAGUCUCAUUUUCAAACAUUUAUUUAGAGUCACUGAAGGCCAUUUGAGAAGUUUGUGCUAUGAAAAUAAAAACCUCAACCCUGAUAUCUACAAAAGUCUAUUCUAUUUGGGUCUUGGCUUGUUGACAACUGCUGUAGCACCAAAUUGCCUAUUUUCGAGUGAGUUCUGGCAUCAGUGGUUAGCGUUGCUGCCUUGCAGUGUUGGGCGCAAUCUACAAGGAGUUUGUGGGCUCUUCCUGGGUCUGCAUUGGGUUAUUCUGGUUUCUUGCCACGCUUCAAAAACAUGCAGACAAGUUAAUUGGCUCCUCUUAAAAUUGGGCCUAAUGUGUAUGAAUGUGAUAGAAACCUUAGUUUGUAAGCUCCACUGGAGUAAGGACUGGUGUGAAUGUUAAACAAUCUCUGUAAAGCGCUGCGUGUCAUGCCAGCGCUAUAUAAAUAAAGAUUUAAAAUAAUUAUA